UUGUUUUUUUUUUUCAGUUGCAACUAUGGCUGGACUGGAGAAAAAUGUGACAUCGAAGACCCGUGCUAUAGGCAUUCCUGUUCACCUGGAAGCUUAUGUGUGGCGAUUCCCAUUGAGCAGCGUGAAGAGUAUUCUCUUGGAUACACAUCAGCAGUACAGUGUAUCCAGGCCGAUUUCGGCCUAUGCGUAAAUCAUCAAUGCAAGCACGAUGCCCAGUGUUAUCCUUGCGAUGAAUCUGACGAAAAAAAUUUGCAGCUCUGUACUGAGGAAGAAAAGCAAACCGGAUUUAGGUGCCUUUGUCCGCCAGGAUUAUUGCCUCCGUUCUGUGAAAAAGAAGCGGAUGCAUGUCAUAAACAUCAGUGUCAAAACGGAGCAACAUGUGCGGUAGAUCCGGAAAACGAAUUCAAUUACUUGUUAGAUGAAUCUUUAUUACUGGCUACAUAUCCGGAAAAUUUUUGA